UUUCAAUACUUUGUGGACGUUGACAUUUGACACAGUCUGGGUCUGGUUUGAACAAGUGGUGCGGGCUACGUGGCGAAAUGUUGGCAACAUAACCUGCUUGAAUAGAGCGACGUGAGGUAUCUCGGUAGAGCGAAUCGGGCGAAUAAUGAAGUUGAUUGCCGUGGGUUCAUCGCACGCGCUGCUGUGACAGGAGAGCGGUGACACGUAGGCAGAUCCGCGCGCAUGUUUCACGUCAGCGGCAGAUAGGCAAGUGUGUCUAGCGGCGAUGGCGGGCGGCGCGACGUCCCAGAAGAACGCGCUCAAGUACGUGAGCCUGGUGACCCUGACGCUGCAGAACGCCGUGCUGGGACUCAGCAUGCGGUACGCGCGCACGCGACCGGGGGACAUGUUCCUGUCGUCCACGGCGGUGCUGCUGUCCGAGGUGGUGAAGCUGGGCACCUGCCUGGUGCUGGUGUACCUGGAGGAGGGCGGGCCGCGCCAGACUCUCGCCGCUCUGCACUCGAGCAUCGUGCGCCAGCCCCUCGACACCCUGAAGGUGUGCGUGCCCUCCAUGGUGUACCUGCUGCAGAACAACCUGCUCUACGUGUCCGCCUCGCACCUGGACGCCGCCACCUACCAGGUCACCUACCAGCUCAAGAUCCUCACCACGGCCGUGUUCGCCGUGCUGAUCCUGCGGCGGACUCUCCGCGCGGCCCAGUGGCUGUCCCUGGUGGUGUUGGUCGCGGGGGUGGUGCUGGUUCAGCUGAGCCACGCCCAGGAGGCGGGUGGCGCCCAGCGCGCGGGCCCGCAGAACCGCCUGCUGGGCUUCGGGGCGGCCCUCGCCGCCUGCGUGCUCUCCGGCUUCGCGGGCGUCUACUUCGAGAAGCUGCUCAAGGGCGGCGGGGCGUCCGUGUGGAUGCGCAACGUGCAGCUGUCCCUGCUCUCCGUGCCGCUGGGGCUGUUCACCAGCCUGGCCUACGACUGGGGUGCGGUGCGAGAGCGCGGCUUUCUCGCGGGCUACGACGCCUUCGUGUGGUACCUGGUGGUGCUGCAGGCGGGCGGCGGGCUGCUGGUGGCGGUCGUCGUCAAGUACGCCGACAACAUCCUCAAGGGCUUCGCCACGUCCCUGGCCAUCGUGGUGUCGUGCGUCGCCUCGGUCUACCUGUUUGACUUCGAGGUGACGCUGCAGUUCGCGCUGGGCGCCGCCUGCGUCAUCUGCUCCAUAUUCCUGUACAACCACGUGCCCAAGUCCGCUAAGGCCUCGGAGAUCACCGUAUAGCAGUGCGCCCUGGCCUGAGCCCAUCACCGCCAGUAUUACCAUGUGCCAACCCCGGGGAUUCUAUUCUUUCAACUAUAGUUUUAAACGCAAAUCUCAAAAAUGCUUAGCUACAAGUAAACACAAAUUACUAUGUUUACUUAAUAAAUAAUUUAUCCAUAGGGAUACGCAUUUUCGUGAAAAAAAUCUGUACGCCUAUUAGACUGCGACAAAGGUGUACCCACACCAGCAGUUUAUCUUCCUUGUGACUGGCGGCCGUCUGCGAGAGAAGUCUUCGCCUUGUUUCACGUUGGUUCUUGGAUUUCUUGGUUGAUUUCAAUUGUAAUGAACGUUCUUGUAAGUCCCCGUUCAUUUUCUUAACCCUGCUUGCAACGUGUCGCUUCAUUGUAAAGAUUUAUUACAUUAGCCAUAGAAGUACGUAGUACGUAAUUUUUUAAAAAUAUUUAUAAUGCUAAUUCUCACUUCAAUUUAGAGCUUCACUAAACAAAAUUGAUUUUAAGUUGCCACCAAGACUAAAAGAAAUUCCACAACAAAUUUUCUUUUUGAAAAAAUCAACUAUUCAUCUUUGAGUAGUGGCUUAUUGGAAAUAGGUGAAUAGUAACUAAAGUUAUUUAUGUUAGGUCAGCUACAUUAAUAGGUAUUUGUUCGGUAUCACGUAUCCUGAUGGCAUGAUCCUGUAAAACUGUGGUACAUGGUGCUAGUAUGUUGAUAGAUCCUGAACAUUACAAAAAUAACACAAUACAAACAAAUUAUGUCAGGUCAUACAAAUUUUAUUUUUGUAUUCAACUUGCGAUCAUAAUUAAUUUUUAUAUAACAAAUCCAGGAUCUGUCGAAGUACUUAAUUAAAACGGCAAGCGUCAUGUACCACAGGAUCAAUGUGUACAGGAUCAUGCCCUCAGGAUCGAGGGAUUAACUUGGCUACGUGAUACGGAACUUUCACCCAUUAGUACCUAAUACGUAAUUGAAAUGUAAUCUUAUUUUAUGUAGUCUAUCUAACCUAAUCUACCUUACAUUUUAUCUCUUAUUUGCUUUAAUGUCUAAAAGCAGUUUUUCUCUAGCAUUACCCCCCUCCCCCCUGUUUUUUUUUUUUUUUUUACAAACCAAGCAAGAGUUCAAUAUAGGCUAAAUUACAGUUUAGCUGGAAGUUUAAAGUUUAGUUUCGAAAGGGUUCUGUUACUUAUUUUCUCUCUCUAUUGGAAAUUGUGUUUCAGCUGUAGCUAAAGUAAUGCUCAUAGUGUCAAAGUUUCGUGGUUGUGUCAGAUUUGUAGCACAGUUUUGGUGUUGCUCUGUAGCUAGCGGCAAGCCGUCGUAACAUGGUCGGUGGUCUUUGAGUGUUGUAAGAGUGCUAGUGGUCCCAGCUCGUAACAGUUUCAUACAACGUGAACGUAACUUACGAUGCGUUGUGAACAUCACAUGUUUCAAUGUUUCGAAUGAAGGAUAACAAAUAGAGACUUGUUGACUUGUUCGGAACUCGUUAAAGACAAUGUGAUAGGUGGGCAGGAAGACUGGUAAACAUUCUCCUGAAAAAAAGAGAAGGUUAGAACCCGUGUGAGUGGAACGAAAUGGACGACAAUUGUGCUUAAGGCAAGAAAUGAGACUGAAAGUGGAGCGGAGUGGAACAUAAUGUGCCACAAUGCUAAACAACAUUUGUAAGUUAAUAAUCAACAAAAACAGUGGCAACCAUGAAUAUGACGGAACCUCAUUACAAAGUAACUCAGCACUUUAAGGUUAACGUACAUUUAUAAUUUCCAGAUAAGUUACCUGUGAAAUGUUUAACAUUUAGUAACAAUUCAAUAUAAAGUAUUUUUGUUACCAACAGCUUUAGCUAUGGUUUGUUUUAGGUACGUUGUAAUGAGAUUUCACUGUAUGGAUUCACUUACUGGUAUUAUUAUUUUAAUAUUUUUUUUAGGGUUUGACUACAUACAAUUGUGUGUUGUUUUUUUUUAGUUUUUUUUUUAACAAAUAUUGUAUUAACAAGUAUUGUUUAAAAAAAAAAAAAUUGUAUUAACUUAAUGAAAGUAUCUAUAGUUCAUUACAUCUAAUCUCAACAUUCGGAAAUUCACUUCUUGGAGUCAUUUUUGUCAACAGCUGCACCAAAUUCAACUUUAACCUAGUUUCAGUUAACAUAUUUUCCGACAGACUGCAUGUUAGGACAAUCAGAUCCAGUUCUAAUGACAUCCGUGACAUCUUGAUUGCAAAAGAACAUUCGGAAAAAGUUCAUAUUAGCUGAGUUGCUCUAUACACACUUUUGUUUUUUCGACAAAUUGUACUGAAUAUAGGUAUUUUCAAAUUACACAAAAGACAAAAAUCUAAUAUAAGCAUCAGCCAACUUUUAACUUUUUACUUUUAUAUGGAGUGAAUUGUUUCGUAAAUGUUCAAAGAUUCAGGUGUUAUGUGUAUUGAAAGCUUAGAUUCUACAUGUUUUUACUUUACUAACUAUCGCUCAGUGUACUCAAGUGAUGCUUUAAAGUCAAAUUGUUAAUAAUUUCACACAUACAAAUUCUGAAAACAUUAGUUAUGAAACAAAGCCCGAUAAUAAUUUUUUCUACAAUUUUACAGUUUCAAGCUAAAUGUUGGUGUUGUCUUGCGAUGCAUGUUUUAUUAAACUACAAUAGUUUUCAUGAAUGUUGGAUGUUUGCGCUCUUGUGUUUCUUGCAGAAUUAUCUUUCUUGGCAAUGAGCAUCAGUGACAGCAAAAUAUAUGGUUCAAAUUCAAAAUUUAAAUCUUAUUAACUCUAGCCACAUUGUAACUUGUUGCCUGUGGUUGUGUAUUAAGCUACUCCGCUGUGUGUGCUAGCUUAAGAAAUGUAUUACACUGGUUUUGCCCCUCAUAACAAAAGUGGCACUCAUGAAUUCUCAAGAUUAAACUGGAAAAAUAAUUUCUUAAAAGUUGUGACAUUGUAUGAGUAUUCCCCAGAAAAAAAAAAAGCUGUUCCAAAUUUCAGUUGGCUUCUUUGAAAGACUUAAAACAGAUAGACCAUAGCGGGCUGUAAAAGUUAAGGUUGGAAAUAAAACUUUUAUCUGUAGGCUAGACACAUCUAUAGUUUUGAUGAAUCAAUUAUCUCCACACAAAUUUAAAAAAAAAAUGAAAGAAAUUGAAUCAGGAAAUUAGAUUUACAAAAGCCCGUUCAAUGUUCAGUUAUUAUCUCUGGCCUUUACCAUUAAAAACUGCGGAAUAAGAUAUAACUUUUAUCAGCUCCUAUUUACACGCUGAGCUAAUUGUUACUUAUAAUUCCAUUCCGUAGGGCAUCAGGGGUAUAAUGAUAGACUAUAAAAAAAUUUCUCAUAAAAUCUUUGCGAAAAGUUCUACGUCAAGUCUCAUUUGUAUUUAUAAGCUGUCAAUUUUCCAAGCUGAGACAAGUUGUCGUAUGUGAGUUGUAUAGGGAAAUUGCAUACACAUUUAAUAUUGCAAAACUGACAACCUAUUUAAAUAAACAAAAUAUAUUACAUUUCUAAAUCACCCACAAAUUUUAAAUAAGUAGUGUCAAGAUUUUAUGGUUUUAUUUUUAGUCCAAUUUCAUUUUUAAAAACAGUAUUUUGGUGUUUUUAUUUUUAUAAAAGCGGUUUUUUAAUAAUUACUCCACCAGAAUAGUGGUAAAAUUUACAAGCUGCAUUUUUUUGGAUAAAUAAUUAUUUUUAUAAAUUGGACUUUAACAGAUACAUUAAGAAUACAAAUAAAAUAGCUAGCAUAUAUGGUUCGAAAAUUGAUCCAGUAAGAGAUGCACAGCUAAAACAAAUUAAAUUAUCCAUGAUAAAUGAUCCAUUAAAAUGUGGUUAAAUACUACUUAAUUUCAUGAUAUAACUUGCAUUUUGGUGCUAUAUAUUGGUAUACUGAAUAGCAUUUUGGUGUUUUACGGUGUUUUGAGAUGGUUUUCGUUAUUUCGAUUUUAUCGUAAUCCACCAUAUAAUCUUGUCCAUAAAAAUAACUGAACGAAUCAAAGUAGUACAAUGCAGACAGUCGCAAGAACGCACUGAUGCUCAGGGACGGAUACGCCACAAGGCGGAAUCAGUCGCUUGCCGCUCAUAACACAAGUUAACAGCUUUUAUGAUACGUAAUUGUCUUGUACUUAAUAAACAUUCAGGUUUACGUUCAGACUUAAAUGAUAACGUAACCAAAAUUAUAUUGUAAAUCACUUGUGUUGGAUUAUGACUUCCAUAGGAUAAUGUAUUCUGUAAAAGUAUGAUUUAUGAGUCUAGUUAGGUUUAUAUUUAUAUAUAUUUAUAUAUAUAUAUAUAUACACAUACACACACACACACACACACAUAUAUAUAAGUUUUUAAAUGAU